AACUAUGCUGCCACCCAAUAAGUCUAUCAUCCGCGCAUAAUACAUUCAUCCACCACGCCGUACUCUGUCAUGGAACGCCUCGAGUCCUUGUCUGGCGACCCCGCCUUGUGCCUGCAGGAUCUCGUAACAGGCGUUUCAUCAGCUCACACCGUCUCAUCAGCUUCUGACCUCCAACAACAGCUCCACGCCGCCUCCGUAUCAGUGUCGUCCGCGUUGGGCAUUAUGGGCGGCGGGGGCAGCCCCGUCAGCGUACUGGGCCAUCACCACAUGGCUACCCAUGAAGGCGGCUCCCAUCACCAUCACGGCGUCAUCCCGCAUGCUCCUACAACGCCUCUGCACCAUGAGCCCCUGGAGAAGCUGAAACGUGGUGAGUCGGGUCCAAAAUGAAAUGUGUUGCUUUCCUCAGAAAUAAGUUCCUGACUCAGCAUGGGCGUGCGCAGGAAUUUUUCACAGGGGGGCAAUCAUUGGCAAGAGGAAACUUUUUGAGGAGCGAGG